AUGGGAACAACCUUAUUUAUUAUGUUAUCAACUUAUAUUCACAUGUUAUAUUAUAUUUUAUUGCGAAUCCUGCCUGAUAACCAUUUCUUAUCAAAGUUCAGAGUUUUCGAAGCAAGAUUGUAUUUUGUGAUUUACAUUGGAGGAAGUUUAUGGACAAGCUGUAUUUGUCUUCUUGCUUUUCCAGCCAACCAGGCUCAUUCCAAAUUCAUCACAUUUUCCCAGCAAAAUGUUUGUCUCACCGAUUUUUUCAAGUCAAAUACCGUGUCUGUGUUUAACAUGGAUCAGAAGGAAGUUAUCUUCUUCUUAGCUUUUCUAGCUGUUUUAAUAGCUAUAUCAUUACUGCUGGGCUUAUGGAAGAUAAGUUGGAGUUACUGGAGACACAGUCUCAUAAGGUUUUCCAAACAGUCACGAGAAACGAACAAGAUGCUUCUGUAUGCACUUCUCAUCCAGACGACACUUGUCUGUUUGAUUGUGAUUGUUCCAGGCUUAGGUUGCUUAGUCUGCUUCGUUCUAAGCAUUGAGCUAUCAGAACUCACUCGAGUAAUGAUGCUCAUCAUUGCUCAACAUAGUACGAUCAGUCAUGUUGUUCUUUUAACCGCCACGAAACCUUAUAAAGAUUCUUUCAAACGUUUCAUUGUCACAUUUCCCCGUAAGAAUGUACGUCGACUGAAAACAGUGACACAGACAACUCGAGAUUCUCUUCAAAAAACAGGUGAAUUAACAACCACCAACGUCGUUUCAUUACCUCGAGGCUGA